UGAAGAGAGAAACCGGGUCCAACAACAUUUAAACUGUUACGAACGGCAAGUUGUAUUCCUACCACUAUUUCUCGCUUUGGAAUCUCUUCUCCAGUUCUGUUCCUGUUCUCUCUUUCACUGAUCCACCGUCGUUUUCUCUCUUCUUUUGCUUUCUGAAUCUCCGGCGGUACUUGCCGGAGAUUUCUCUUCUAAAAAAAUGGAAGACCAGUUGCAGCUUUUCUUCGAUGAAACCAACUUCUUCAACAGCAUUGUCCUUGGAAGCUUGCUGCCUGAUAAGCUUUGGAAGCCUCUCCCUCACUUUCUCCAGACUUGGAUUCGGAAUUAUAUUGGCGGAACCUCCGUUUACUUCAUCUCUGGGUUUCUCUGGUGUUUCUAUAUUUACUACUGGAAGCGAAACAUUUAUGUUCCAAAAGAUGCCAUACCUUCAAGAAAGGCCAUGCUACUGCAAAUAAUUGUUGCAAUGAAGGCCAUGCCGUGGUAUUGUGCUCUUCCGGCAGUUUCUGAGUUCCUAAUUGAAAGUGGCUGGACAAGGUGUUUUUCUAGGAUAAGUGACGUAGGUUGGCCAGCAUACCUCGUCUACUUGGUGGUUUAUCUUGUUUUUGUUGAGUUUGGGAUCUAUUGGAUGCAUAGAGAGUUGCAUGAUAUUAAACCUUUGUACAAAUAUCUUCAUGCAACACAUCACAUCUACAACAAAGAGAACACACUUUCUCCUUUUGCUGGUUUGGCAUUCCAUCCACUGGACGGGAUAUUACAAGCAAUACCACAUGUGGUAGCACUCUUCAUGAUUCCAACCCAUUUCAUGACUCACAUUGUUCUCUUAUUUAUUGAGGCCAUAUGGACAGCAAACAUUCAUGACUGCAUCCAUGGCAAGGCAUGGCCUGUCAUGGGGGCUGGCUACCACACAAUUCACCAUACCACAUACCGUCAUAACUAUGGCCACUACACAAUAUGGAUGGAUUGGAUGUUCGGUACUCUUCGUGACCCAAUAGCAGACUCACCAAAGAAGGUGAUGUAAUAGACUCGCCUACCAUGGAGCUCUCUCGUUGUUUAACAUGCUUUGAUCAGUUUUUUUGAACUUUUUCUCUUCAUUUGGUUGAAGUACUUGUGAUGAGAAAUGAGGAAUAUUCCUCGGAUGUGGGUGAUAUAGGUUGAUUUCUAUCAACAUCUUUUCUCUUUAUUAUCUUAAGAAAGUUAUACUUGGAGACA